CCCGCUAGGCCCAUCAGCCCAGGCGCCUCUUUCCCCAAUCUCAGCCGAAUCACGGCAGCAGCAACAACUCCUCCUUCCCCACUGCUUCCGCCUCCGAUCGACCCCACCGGAGCACCACCACCCGCCGCCGCCGCCGCCGCGCGGAUCGUAGCGGAGCGGCGAUGGAGGCAGUGAAGAGCCUCCUGAAGCCGAAGCCGACGCCGCAGCAGCAGCUGCGCGAAUGGCAGCGCCGCCUCCGCAACGAGGGCCGCAACAUCGAGCGCCAGAUCCGAGACGUGCAGAAGGAGGAGAAGAAGGUGGAGAAGGCCAUCCGGGACGCCGCCAAGCGCGGCGACAUGGGAUCCGCCAAGGCGCUGGCCAAGGAGCUGGUGCAGUCGAGGAAGGCGGUCAACCGCCUCUACGAGAACAAGGCCCAGCUCAACUCCAUCUCCAUGCACCUCGGCGAGAUCGUCGCUACUACCAGGACAGUAGGACAUUUGUCUAAGAGCACCGAAGUGAUGAAGCUUGUCAACAACCUCAUGAAGGCCCCAGAAAUUGCUGUUACCAUGCAGGAAUUCAGCAAAGAGAUGACAAAGGCCGGCGUGAUGGAAGAGAUGGUAAAUGAUGCCAUGGAUUCAGCACUGGACGAUGAGGGCAUGGAGGAGGAGAUCGAGGAGGAGGUUGAUAAGGUCCUCUCUGCAAUCGCCGGGGAGACUGCGUCUCAGCUUCCUGACGCUGUCCGCAAACAAAAAGAGAAGGUCACACAACCUUCGACAAGCGAACCUGCACAGAGAACUGCUGUAGCGGAAUCCGUUGAUGACGACGACGACGAUCUAGAAAAGAUAAGAGAAAGGCUUGCCAAAGUGAGGUCGUAAAAGAGAAUCGAUGUGCUGACAUGUGUAUAAUAGUCCAUUUGGUAAUGUACGAUACACAACUUGGCAGAUGUCGUCCUUGUCACUCACAAACUGCCCAGAGUCACCAACGUAGAAGUUGUUCGAUCUCUGUUGUAAUCUGUAUGUGAGGAUCGUCACGUGUGAUCAAGGUGUCCUGUAUUUUGUUUGCUUCUACCUGUUGCGAAUACAUAAAUGUUCUGGUUACAUACAGAUAUCAUGUCAGUAAUGCUGGAUGCACACAGCUAGCUAUUUAUGCAGAGCUACAAACUGAAAGGCUGAAAGCCUGAACUUGAACUUUUGUUGUUCCA